AUGGGACUGGAUGGUGGCAGCAAGUUUUCAUCUUUAAAACUACUGAAGGUGAAAAGUUUCGUUGCUUUUAAACUAAUUUUGUCUUUACAGUUGGUUCCUUGCAUUCAUCAAGUGUUUGGUUGCGAAAAGGCACAUCGAUUGGCACUUGCUGCAGCAAAGUACGGGUUUUUGCCGUUGAAAAGUCCCAAUUAUAGUGAAUAUGAGGAACUGGAGUGUAAAGUCUUUGGUAGAACAUUUAAGAAUCCUAUCGGCCUUGCUGCAGGAUUUGAUAAAAACGGAGUUGCAAUAAAAAAUUUGCGUAAGAGUGGCUUUGGUUUUGUCGAGAUAGGAUCUGUUACUCCAUUGCCGCAAAAAGGUAACCCAGCUCCAAGGAUUUAUCGGCUUUUAGAAGACGAAGCGGUUAUUAACAGGUGCGGGUUUAACAAUGCUGGUGUUGGCAGGGUUCUCACAAACGUUAAAAAAUUUUCUACAGUAGGGUCUUCAGUUCCUCUUGGUGUGAAUUUAGGAAAGAAUAAGGAUUCAGAAGAUCCAGGAACUGAUUACGAAAUUGGUGUCAAUUAUUUUGGACCUUUCGUAGACUACCUUGUUGUAAAUCUCAGCUCUCCUAAUACUCCUGGACUUCGAGAUCUCCAGAAAGGAAGAAAUCUUAAAAAAGUUUCUCCCUUUACUGUAGCUUUUAAAAAACAACUGAUAAAAGAGAAGAGGCCAGCAAUUCUAUUGAAAAUUUCACCUGAUUUACUAGAGAGUGAAAAAAAGGAAAUUGCUAAGGUCGUCAUGGACAAAAAGUAUGGCGUUGAUGGUUUAAUCGUCACAAACACUACCAUUUCGAGACCUGAGGGACUUAAAAGUUCUUUUCAAAGUGAAAAUGGCGGCUUGAGCGGCAAGCCUUUAAGAGAACUAAGCACUAAGUGUGUAAGUGAUAUGUACAAGCUGACUGGUGGAAAAGUUCCGAUUAUUGGAUGUGGUGGUGUUUCCUCUGGAGAAGAUGCUUACGAGAAGAUUCGUGCUGGAGCUAGUCUUGUUCAGCUUUAUACGGGGCUUGUUUAUCAAGGGUUCCCUAUCAUUGGAAAAGUUAAGCGAGAACUUGUGGAACUAUUACGUGAGAAUGGGUAUAAGACUGUUUCGGAGGCAGUAGGUGUCGAUCACAAGCAGUGA